AUGUGGAAAUUAGAAAAUAGUUGUAGAGAAGAUUUAGAUGCAAGAAUAACUGAUCCGAAGUGGCGAUGGAUUAAAAUCGUUAAUACUAAUUUUUCUGGAAUAUUUACAAUUGAAGAUUUUCAAAAUAGUAAAAAUGACGUAGCUUAUGCUGAAGAUGCAUCUGAAAUUCCAGCUGAUUUAAGAGAAGCACCAAAGGUAAAGUAUCCAAGUGAUGUCAUGUUUUGGGGUACAAUUUAUACGAAAAGUUUAGUACCAAACGAUAGUCAGAUUAAUUUUACUUAAUGGUUAAAAAGUCAAUGCCGGGCUGGUCACGUAAAUGAAUGUACAUGACUGGUGAUUCAUAUGCUAAAUUUUUACGCGAAGAAGCAUUCUUGCAAUUAAGAAAGUAUUUGAGAAUUUGAACGAAAUUAUUUUUCAAGAUGAUCAAGAUUCAAAACAAAGAACUCAAAUUGUUAUGGAUGUUAUCUACCAUAUCUUUGAAGAAAGAAUUGAAUCAAAUGAUGGAGAUACGAAGUUUGCAGAUGUAUGGCCCAUUGAGAACGUUUGGGUAUUAUGAAAGGAAAAAACAAGACGAAGAAUAUUUAAAAAUCUUGCUUCAUUAGUUCGUUUUGUUAAUUCAGAAUGGAGAGAAAUUAUACCUGAACAAUGUCCAGAAAUGAUAGAGAAAAUACUUAAACGUCUCAGGAAGGUCAUACAAGUUGAUGAAAAUCAAGUGUAUGAAUAUUAAUUCAAAUAGAUUUUAAUUGUAAUAUGCAAGAUGAAGAACCAUCUUUUUAAGUAAACCAACAUGUUUUAUAUAAAGAAACAUAUUCAUGAUAUCUAAAAAUUCACGUUUUAUUUUCAUUUCCUGUGAAGCAUAUUUCUAAGCUUGUAACUUUCUUACUAUAUGAGGUAGCGGGAUCAAUCAAUAGCCACUUUUAGAGCAUGUUUUGCUACAUCUUUUUAUCCUAGAGAUAAAUUUCCAAUCAUGUGUUUUAUUGAGGAAAAGCUUAUUAUUAAAAUCGAAUCAGAACUUCUUGGCCACCAUUUAUACUAAAAAGUGACGAAGCCUUCGAUUCGCAUGACCAAAUUUCAGUGAAGAUAUAUGAUCCACUUUUCAUCAUAUUUAAUCUUUAUUGUAUUCUCACACGUCAGAAAUUACGAGUGAAUUCUCAUGUGUCUAUUAUAAUGCUUUAAUCACGUAUUAGAACACGAUUGAGGUUUACAUCUUUUAUAUCAAGUAGUAUAUAGUCGAGAGAUAAGUUAACAUAGUGCUCAUUAAGCAAAGAAACAACCGAAACUUUUAGUUUAUAAUAAUACUAGCAGAGGUACCCGGCGUUACCCGAGAAAGAUCACAUCUCAGGUCGAGCAUUACAGUGAUCAGAAACGGCCGUAUUCCGCCGGUAUUAUCCGGACGGACAUUCUCUCUUAUUAUAAGUACAACAUAUAGGCAUCUUCGGGCCGAUAAUAGGGUUAUCGAGGACGCUCUAUCGUAUGAGGGGUAUACGUGUGGGUCUCUACCCAGCCCUACACUGAGAAAUAGAAUCUCCUCAUUUCAUUGGCUCAGGAAAAUGGGCCAAUUUCUUUCUUAUUAUACGGACAUCAUAUAGGAAUGUUCUGGCCGAUCAUAGGGUUAUCAAGGACGCUCCAUCAAUUGAGCGAUAUACGUAUGGGUCUCCACCUUGUGGGACAGCGAGAACUAAAGUAUGGAUGAUUUCGUAGGGAGGAGAGUAAAAAGUAUUUACCUAGAGUCGACGUGCUUAGUGUGAGAAAGAGAUGAUCGAUUUGCUGCUCAUACAUAUAUACUUGUGUCUGACUCAAAACAAAACGGUGAAUGAAGAGUGAACUUUUCUGUUCUGAUUGGUCCAUUUUGAUCAAUUAUAUUUCAGGAGGACUUUUCUUUCUUAUAAUACGGACAUCAUAUAGGCAUGUUCGGGCCGAUCAUAGGGUUAUCGAGAACGCUCUAUCGUUUGAGGGGUAUAUGUAUGGGUCUUCACCCAGCCCUACACUGAGAAAUAGAAUCUCCUCAUUUCAUUGGCCCAGAAAAUCGGCCAAUUACUUCCUUAUUAUACGGUUAACAUAUAGGCAUGUUCGGGCAGAUGAUAGGGUUAUCGAGGACUCUCUAUCAUUUGAGGGGUAUAUGUAUGGGACCACACCUAGCCCAACACUGAAAACUAGAAUCUCGCAUUUUAUUGGUCCAUAAAAUAGACCAAUCAGAAUUCAGGCGGACUUUUCUCUCUUAUUAUAAGGACAACACAUACGUAUGCUCGGGGCCAUCACAGGGUUAUCGAGGAUGCUCUAUCGAUUGAGGGGUAUAUGUAUGGGAUCCUACUAAGCUCAACAUUGAGAAAUAGAAACUGGUCCUUCGAUUGCUCCAUAAAAUAGACCGAUCAGAUUUUAGGACGACUUUUCUCUCUUAUGAUAAGGACAACACAGGCAUAUUCGGGCCGAUCCUAGGGUUAUCGAGGAUGCUCUAUCGAUUAAGGGUAUAUGUGUAGAUUCCUACUAAGUCCAACACUGAGAAAUGGAAUCCUGCCUUUUGAUUGGUCCAUAAAAUGGCUCAAUCAGAUUUCAGCAGGACUUUUCUCUCUUAAUAUAAGGAAAACACACAGACAUGUUCGGGCCGAUCCUAGGGUUAUCAAGGAUGCUCUAUCGAUUGAGGGGUAUAUGUGUUGGUCCACUCCUAUCCCUUCAUAGAGACAUAGAAAUUGGCUCUCUGAUUGGUCGGUUAAAAUGGAGCAAUCAGAUUUCAAGAGGACUUUUCUUCCUUAUAGUACGCGCAUGUGGUUGUCAUGUUCGGGCUGAUCCUAGGGUUCUUGGGGUUGCUCUACCCAUUCAUGGGUAUAUGUAUGGGUUCCUAGCUUCGUUUUGGAUGAGAGCUCGAAGGUGAAGGGAAAAAAAUAAAAAAAUAAAGUACUUACCGAUUUGUCGUGAUAUUCGAUGAUAGAGAGGUGGUAUGAUUUUCUGUGGUAUAUUUAUACCGGUAUGUGGCGCAAAACAAAACGGUGAAGGAAGAUUGACGAUAUGCGGAAUUCGAUUGGUCCGUUUUGCACCAAUCAGAUUUAAGGAUGUCUUUUCUUGCAUAUUGUGCGCACAUGUGGUAGUCAUGUUCGGGUCAAUCCUCGGGUUCUUGGGGAUGCCCUAUCGAUUGAUGAGUAUAUGUGUGAGUCCACUCCUAUCCCUUCAUAGAGAUAUAGAAAUCGGGGCUCUGAUUGGUCUGUUAAAAUGGACCAAUUAGAUUUCAGGAGGCCUUUUCUCCCUUAUAGUACGCACAGGUGGUAGUCCUGUUCGGGCCGAUCCUAAGGUUCUUGGGAACGCUCUAUCGAUUGAUGGAUAUAUAUGUGGGUCCACUUCUAUCCCUUUAUAGAGAUAUAGGAAUCGGGACUCUGAAUGGUCGGUGAAAAUAGACCAAUCAGAUUUCAGAAGGCCUUUUCUCCGUUAUUGUGCGCACAUGUGGUAGUCAUGUCUGGGCGGCUCCUAGGAUUGUUGGAGAUGCUCUAUCGAUUGAUCUGUAUAUGUGUGGGUCUCCUCCUAUCCCUUCAUGGAGUUACAGCAGUGCAGGUUUGGAUUGGCUCUUUGAAAAGGGCGUCUUACGAGGUUUUAUAAUACUAACGUAUACAGUCGUCGCGUUACCACGCUGGUGGUAACCGGCGACAGUUUACGGCCGAUGCUUACAGUGGCUGUAGUAUGCCGUAAUGCAUUAGGUACGACUGUUGUAAACAGCAAUCGGAAACGGUUGACCCAUACGAUGCCUUACGUUGUUUUCCGAGCAAAGUAUACAGUCGCCGUAUUGUUACGGUAGCACUUUACGGUAGACUUUUACGGGUAGCGUGUACGAUUGACGUAAUAUUCUGUAAAGCAUCGUUUGCUGCCGCCGUAAACAGCUACAAUAUACAGUCGUCGUUAUUCGCCGUAUUUGGUUAGUGAACGGCCGUUUACGGCCGAGCGUGAUUGACCUGGGAGCAAUUUAAUAUUCUUAACAUAUCGUUUUUUAUGCUUCAUAAUUUAGAUUUAUAUUUUUUCAAGUCUUAUUUUGCAUUUUCUAAAAAGAACAGUUUCUAUUAAUGUAAAUGAGCACCUUAAUGAUCUGUACAUGACAUUUUAAUAAAAUUCUGAAAUAAGUUUUCCCUAAGAUAGUCCUUCCAACUAAACAUUUCAAUGUUAUGGAGAGUUUAUCAAUUGCUAUCACCUUUUAUCUAUGAUAAUCUAUUUAAUGAAGCCGGUAUUUUUUUGUUGAGCUUAGUAUUUUCUAGAUUUUUUUAAAUAUUAAUUGUCUAUUAGUCGCAAACACGAACACAUUCAAUUCAUAAAUUUUUUUCUGUUUUCGACCUGGCA